AUGGAUCGUACUAAAAAUAACAUUCUCCAAAACAUCCACGAAGAGAUGGUCAAAGGUACAUUCAAUGACCUUGACAUUGUCUGUGAGAAUGGGGCAACAGGUGCAAACCGUUUGGUCCUGGCCACGAUGUCAUCUUACUUCCGGGCAAUGUUAACAUCAGACAUGACAGAAAGUCGAACGGGCGUCUUAAAACUGCCCACUGUCUCGGUGUCAGUGUUCCAGGAUAUUCUCAAGAUGUCUUUGUGUUCAUUGGAUCUUGUAAACGAAGACAACUGCGUCAACAUUUUAGACGCAUGCGAAAUGAUGCAGCUUGAUAACGUCAAAGAUUUGUGUCAUCGUUAUCUUAAGAAAAAUCUAGUGAUCACUACCGGCAACUGUCUACAUUGGUGGAGACUUAUGACUAGCUACAAUGUUCCUGAUUUGUCCAACACAGCAGUCUCUUAUUUGACAGAAAACUUGACGGACUUUGUUAACACAGAAAAUAGUGUUCAUUUGUCAAAGACAGAACUCUUAGAAAUAUUGUCUAUAGAUGAUUUGAAAUGCAAGGAAGAUGUAAUUAUGAAAGGUGUCAUGAAGUGGCUUGAAGCAAAUAACCCGUAUGCAGAUGACGUAAAACGUAUCUUUGAAAUGAUCAGAAUUGAUCUUGUUGAUCCACAGUUUCUCAUUGAAAAUGUCGGUUUUUUGAGAACUCAUUUGUGGAAAUAA